AUGUCAGCAGACAAGCCCAAGGCUCCUGGAACCCAGCCGCGAAUCGGAAUUGACAUUGGCGGUGUGCUGACCCGGCAAGGCGACAGGACCUACAUGGGUCCCCUUGACGAGUGGGACACUACUUGGGAAGCCGACGGUGCUUUGGAUGCUGUGGGGAAGAUCGCACAGGUUUUCGGACCUUCCAAUACCUUCCUUGUGAGCAAGGUGAGCCCGGGCAAAAGCAUGCAUCGCCGAAUGGAGCAGUGGCUUCACGAGACCAUGGACUUUUGUGAGGUCACUGGCGUUCCCAAAGACAACAUCGUUUUUGUCUCAGCCGUGUCGGGGACUCAAGGCAAAGGAGUUGUCUGCGAACGACUUGGAAUCUCUCAUUUUGUAGACGACAAGAUCGAGGUGCUCAAGUCGGUGUUUGAGGAUGAGGGCAUGGAAGCCGACACUGGCGAUGCGGGGCCCCAGCUGCAGCUGCCAAUCCAAAAGGCAGGACAGGAGGAUCAUAACCAGAGCUCGUCCGCUUCAGCCUUGGAGAUCUUGCUCGAGGAGGCAGCAUCCCAGACGCGCACCGACGAGGCGGCGUUGGUUGGGCUUGUGUUGCAGGAUGAGCCAGAAAGCUUCCAGGUUGUCCUGAGACCCAUCACGGGAUGCAAGCUGGGAUUGGCAGUCAUGGAGUUCGGUCGAAAGCUGUUGGUGGCUGUGGUCCACCCGAAAGGAGUGGUCAGCACUUGGAACGCAACUUACCCGGACUUGUCUAUCGAGGAGCGGGACUUAUUGGUUCAAGUGAACCAUGCGACCGAGUACUUCGGCAUGGUGCAGCAGCUGCGGUUUUCGCAGGUGCUGCUUCUAAAGCUGCAGCGCCAGGAAUCCAUCAAGUCACGACCCCUCCCCGUGCGCGCAAAAUGGGAGCCACGGGCGGGUACUGGCGAAAGUUCAUCAGAUUUGGAUUCAAACCUUGCACUUCGCGCUGUCACUGAGUCGCUAGGGCCACACAGUCCGUCCACCUGGAAGAGCGCGGCGAGCUGUAUCGUUGAACACUUCCUUCAUCAAGAGCAUCUCUUUCUGGGAUACUACGGCUACCGGAUCCUCACCAACCGGACAUGGGCGGAUUGUCCCGUCGCCGGAAAGACUCCGAUUCUCAGCCUCACCGUUAUGCAGCACAUCGAGCAAGCGGGUCAUACUUGGUACGUAGUCUCCUGCGAGCUGGUGCUUUUCAACGCCGGCGAGAGGGACGUUCUGAAGUGGGAGGCUCCGAGACGACUGGCGCAGUUGCGAGCAGACUUGCACGAUCGGGUGAAGUUCAGCAUGGAGCCGAAGGAAUACAAGACGCUCUUUGAAGAGGCGCCUUUUGCACAUGCUGGUGGUCCGAGCGGCACAACGUCGCGUUUGUCGAACUGGCUGUCCGCAUUGGCAGCAUCUAUCAACAAGCUCAGCGUCACUCCAGCUGUAGCUUCCUUUACCUUGACCUUCUUGCAUGCUCCGCUCCCACCGCAUCUUGUGCGUGAUGCUCUCCAGCUGGCAACAGCCGCCACUUGGUCGAGCGGUUCCAGGGACUGCUCUUCCACUUUGCGAAGGGCGGCCACACAAACAUCGACGCAUAGUAGCCCAAGCAAUCAGAAACUGAACAUCACUGAUGUUCCCUGCAUGGAUGCUCCGGGACGAGCUGAUGGUCGACUGCCACACGAGGACUUGGAGCAGACGGCAUGGCAACCUUUCGAGUCUGAGUCUGAGGGCGCCUGCCAAGAUGUUCGCCACAGUCGAUUCUGGGCCGGGGCCGCCACAUGUGCUCGCUGGACUUUGUCGGGUGCUUUGAUGGCUGUCGCCGUGGCUUUCUGCAUCCAGUCAUCCCUGUGGUGGAUUGGUAUACUUGCCAUCUGCGUCAUUCUCUGCCUUGGAGGCUGGGGUUUCGCAAGAUUCUUCUGGCGUGCCUCUUCGUCAUUCGUUUCUUGGACCAGUCGAACACAAGGGACGGGCACAGACGAGCCUGCGUCGGAGGCUUUGAACCCUGGCGCUGGUACCAUGCAGGGCUCAGUGCUGACUGAACGAAUUCAGCAACUUAACUCAAGGACGAGGAUUUGCACCAGAGAGGAGUGGGAGGAGGCGUACCUGCCCGAACUCUCGAUGCAAGAGCCGGGAGUUGUGUCUCACGGUUGA